UGCUCCUGCCCACUAGUUGCUACUCUUUUCUUGCUGCUACCAUGCUACUGCUGCUCCUACCUUGAUGCUGCUGCUACCAUGCUACUGCUGUUUUUUGCUGCUGCUACCUUGUUGCUGCUGCUACUACUAACUUGCUACUGCUAUAUGUUCUCCGAUUUCUAGUUGAUUGGUGGAAGCUUUAUGGAGGAGAAACACCAAAUUUGAAAGAAAUGGCUAUGAGAAUCCUCUCUCUGACCUCUAGCUCUUCUGGUUGUGAAAGAAACUGGAGUGCAUUUGAAUCGAUACAUACCAAGAGAAGAAAUAGGCUCACAACGGAGCGAUGCAACAAUUUGGUCUUCAUAAGGUUCAAUAAUAGGAUGUUGUCUAGGAAACAAAAGCUCCUAGAGAAGAAGAAAUGGGAUGUGCUCAUUAGCACCGAUGCUACCGAAGCUCAAGGAUUUCUAUUUGAAGGAGGGGAUGAUUAUGCAAGUGUUGUUUAUCUUGAUGAGGAGGAUGGAGAUGUUCAUCCGGGUACGGGGAUAUCAUGGGAUCUACUUGGUGAAGCAAUGGGAGCACAAGAGCAACUCCAACUUCGGAGGAGUGCAAGACUGAGAGACCUUGAGGAGGAGGAGUUUGAAUCCGAUCAUGAUGAUGAGAUAGUGGAUGAAGAUGAGAUUGAGUAUGAGGAUGAUUGAGAGGCAUUGAGCAUUUGAGCUAGUGAUCAUUGGCUCAUUGCAUGAUGGUUGGCAGCACCAUGC